AUGGAAUCUUAUUUGGAGGUUUGCAGUGAAGUUAUGAGUCAAAGAUUACAAACAAUUCAAAAGGAAAAGAGUCUUGAAGUAUCUAGCAGCACCUCCAAUGAGAGGUAUUAUAUUGAAGAAUGCAUCGGACUUGUUGAAGAAAUUGGGGAUAUUGAUAAUUACACAUUUAACAAGAUGCUAGAAAAAAUUGUGCUUGUUGAAUGGAGGAAAAUAUUUGUUACAAUGUCGGAUGCUAGAAGGAGAGCUUGGUUAGCUAGUCUUUAG